CGGAGGAGGAGGAGCGGGAGCCAGCUGGAGAGACGGCGCUCCAGGCGGCACCUGCGUCCGGCAGGCGAGCCGGCCCGGUGCCCACCCGCGUCCCCGACCUCCCCACCCACCGCACGCACCGGGACACAUGGAAGCCACCUGCCUGCCAGCCAAGGAUCAGUUGAGCCCUGGGGCUGAUGUGGGCCCACAUUACUGAGAAUGGCACCAAGGUCCAGUCUGGCACCAAGGCAAAGGUUAAGCUGGGAGACAUCUGCAUAACAAUCCUGAUGUCUGUUCGGAGCCAGGUGGCCAAGGCUGUGAUAACAGGCUGCAGCCGGCACCAUGGCUUCUGCCGAGCCCCUGACGGCGCUGUCCCGCUGGUACCUGUACGCCAUCCACGGCUACUUCUGCGAGGUGAUGUUCACGGCCGCCUGGGAGUUCGUGGUGAACUUUAACUGGAAGUUCCCCGGGGUCACGAGCGUGUGGGCCCUCUUCAUCUACGGCACCUCCAUCCUCAUCGUGGAGCGCAUGUACCUGCGCUUGCGCCGCCGCUGCCCCCUGCUGGUGCGCUGCCUCAUCUACACGCUGUGGACCUACGCGUGGGAGUUCACCACGGGCUUCAUCCUGCGCCAGUUCAACGCCUGCCCCUGGGACUACUCGCAGUUCGACUUCGACUUCAUGGGCCUCAUCACCCUGGAGUAUGCGGUGCCCUGGUUCUGCGGGGCCCUCAUCAUGGAGCAGUUCAUCAUCCGAAACACUCUGCGCCUGCGCUUUGACAAGGAUGCCGAGCCCGGGGAGCCUGGCAGCCCGCCGGCCCUGGCCAAUGGUCAUGUCAAGACCGACUGAGUCAGUCGCGGGGCGGGGGAGGUGGGGGUGUAUGGCGGGGAGAAGGAUUUGAAGGGAGGGCCUGGGGCCCCGGGCGGGGUCUCUCCUUGGAACCCAUGGACCCAGUGACCAAGCUGAUGGCCCCUUCUGCUCAGCACAAGCCCUACCCUCAGCUGGCAUUAUUAGCCCAGCCCUGUGUGGUCAGUGGUGGGAUGGGGUUGAAUGGCUGGGCAUCCAAGCAACAGGACAUUGAGAGUCGUCCAUGGAUCUCAGCCCGGCCCGGCGGCCGGUGGCCAGAGACUUGUGGCUGGAUAAUGAACGAUUGGACCACAUGGAUGACUUUGGACAGCAGCAGGGCCUGUCCUGGCUAAGGAACGUGGACUCCAGAGCCACAGGUGGAAGGGGAGGUCUGAGAAGGCUUUGGACGCCUUUGGGGCCGCCUCCCCCUGCCUGCCUCCUGGCUUUUAGAUGGCUUUGGCUGGUUCCAUUAGGCAAUAUUCAGGUGCUUGCUUGCAACCAAUACCUCCCCAGGGGCCUGUGAGCUGUAGCCUAAGAGAAACCCAGCCGCCAGCAGGUUGCUUGGCGGCGAUGCUGGCGUGCAAAGGGCUGGGAAAUCUUCCCCCUGGCUCCUGUCCCCUCCCCCAGGGCCCCAUGCUGCUCCCUUGGCCUUCUGGGGGGGCCACCCCUGUGGUGCUGGAUUCCCACCAACCUUGGGCUUUUGGAGGUUUCAAUCCCCGUGUGUUCGGUGGUGUUUCCCCCGUUAUGUUCAAGAUCUCUACCAUUAGCAGGCAGCCCUGUACUCUGUCGGUCCCCACACCCGCCCACGGCCCCAGCAGCUGGCCAGUACAGCAGCAGACAGAGGCGCAGCCUUGAAACAGUCCCCCAUCUGCAUCCUGCAGCCUUCCCUCCAUCAAAGGUGCCCUAUAGAAAAAGUAGAUUUCUAGGCCCAACUUGCCAUAGCUUGUUUUUUUUUUAUCCCCCCCCCCAAGGCAAUAUGAUGAUCCUAGGGCACAGGGGAGCAAGCAUCCAGUAUUGGAGAUCCACGGAGAAUAAUGAAAACGAGGGCCGCAGAAGGCUCCUUGGAGCCCCUUUCUUGGGAAGGAAUGAGUUCUGGUUCUACUGUGGACCCAGCUCUGCAGCUAAACCUCAGGGCUCCCCCUCCUACAUCUCCUUCCAGCAAGGCUGACCCUUGGAGCCUCUUCGUCAGUCAGUAAUAAUUAAUCCUGCCACACUCGUGGGCAUUGUCAUCUUGGUUAUUCUCAGCUUUCCUCCACGACAGGUCCAUUGCUGGCAGUGGACAGGUAGUCUUCUAGGCCCCUCCUGGCCUUGUCCCCAACUCUUUCAAAGGAUGAGUGCAUCAAAGAGUGGACCAUCUCUUGGGACAUAGUCUCAGCCACACUGGGAUUCUGAGGUGGAAAUUAACCACAGCCUUCUUAUAGAUCAUUCACAAAGUGACAGUGACAGAGCCAUCUGUGGGCUCUCCUCUUUCCUGUGGCCGGUUCCACCCGGACCAUGCAGAGAGCACCAGCCAAGGCAGGCAGUAGGGGCUGUCCUGGGCUGGGAGAAGAGCUCAGAGACUCAAUUGCUUUGGUGGCAAUUCUCUUCUCCUGUAAUUUGUUCUGUCUGGGGUGGGAUUCAAGGCAUUUCCCAGCCUGUUUGCUGGGCAGGCUCCUCAAACCACAAAACUACUUUCUGUGGAGGGCUGCCUUUGGUGUUUGCUGUAGCCCCAAUUCCAGGCCUUUGAGGGUUACAAGGGUAUCAGGCUUCCAAUGGGAAUGAUUUGCAUUCCGUCUAGGUAGAGAGGGUUCCUUGUUCCUGCUGGGCAAUGUUUCCUCAGCCCCGUCUUCCAGUCUUAAUCACCUGCACCCUAACACCUACCCAGAUCACCCAUACGUACAACUGAACUCAGUGGCCAGCUUGCUGAGGUCUCCUAACAGUUCUCAGAACAACCCUUGAGUGGCCCCCAGAUCGCACACUCCAGAUGCUACCGUCUUUUGAGUGUUCCAUGGCACCAUUUCCUCUCAAGGCCCUAUGAAUCCCACGUACAGGAGGGGGUCCCUGGAGUGAACUUCCAUACUUGGCAACACUUGGCCUUGUGGUUUUGCCUUAUUGAGGUCCCUUGUUGCUCAGACAGCUCCCUACAGGGCCAGAGGAGACUAAACAACUCAGCCUGACCACGUGACCUGCAGGUUCACAUCUCACCAGGGACAGCCUAGACGUCAACUUUUGUUUUAUUGGGUAUCUUCUAGGGUCUCAAUCCUUUCAUGUCCAAGGGCAUAAAGUUUGGGGAGUUUCUUUUGUUUUAUUGGGCAUCUUUUAGGGUCUCAAUCCUUUCAUGUCCAGGGGCACAAAGGUUGGGGAGUUUCCCAAGUCCUGCUGAGCAAUGGGGAGUUUCUGUUGUUUGUGAGCUGGGCGAAUCUGCUGGCCAAGACAGCCCCUUCUCUGCGGUACGGACAGCAAGGGCUGCCCUGCGUGGUUGAGCUGCUUGUGAUGUUUGCCAGUCUUCCUCUUUCCUGUCCCCUCCUCGCUGCCAGUAAGUCACAAUGGCCUAUGCUUAUUCACAGCAAUAAUAUGUGGGGACUGCUCAUGAAUCCCUUUUGACCUGGUCCCUCACUCUGCAUGGGUCUCCUGGGAGGCUACUGAGAUGGUCACUUUACUUGAGAACCUGUGUUUGUGAAGCUUUGGGCUGGGCAGACCCAGGAGUGUUCCUGUAGGAAGCCAGUGGGCCCAGCCCUGGGUUAUGGGUAAGGCCAGCAGAGAGCCUGCCCUGGAAGACCUGGAGGAGCUGCAGGCCCCAGCUUUGUAAAAGGGCCUUUGAAAUGGGUGGGGACUGUCUUCCAGCUGGGCAGCUCUUGAGAAAGGCAUAUGACUGAUUUGUGUACCCAUCACCUGCUAUGUCUCCUUUCGUCUCGGUCUCUUCCUUUUCAUAUCUGUGCACAUAAAAUAUACUGGUGUUCAUGUUC